AUGCAGAUGUUAGAGUUUUUACUAGAGCAAGGUGAUAACAAGAUAGAUAAAAACGCUAUGAACAAGAAAAACAAGACAACUAUGGAUAUUUUCGACCUAACAAAAAUUAGGCAGGAUUCUGAUGAGGAUAGAAAAGCUAAAGAGAAUAAUUUAGCACAAUGCUUGUGUACUAUAGUAGGAUGGUGUGGUUCAUCAAAAGACGGUCAAGAAAAUAAAUAUAGCGAAACUGAUCAAAAGAUCGAGACAUUACUUAACGAUAAAAAUGCAUUACGAGCAAAAAUGGUGCUGAAACGCAGGGAGGACGAAAAAUGGUUGGAGGAGCAGAACACAGCUCUAAUGGUUGUUGCAUCUUGUAUUGCGACCUUGUCAUUCCAAGUCGGAAUUAAUCCACCCGGAAGUGUUUGGACGGAUAAUGAACAAGGUCAUGUGGCAGGUACGUCCAUAAUGUCAUAUGAUAAUGAUAAAGAUUCAUACAAUCUAGUGCAAGUUAGCAACACUAUUGGGCUCAUGUCAUCGCUAAGUGUCAUCCUUCUCCUUAUUAGCGGCCUUCCUUGCAAGCGACAUUUUGUGUUCAUUUUGAGGGUUACUUUGUGGAUUGCUGUGACCGCGAGUGCAGUUACUUACUUUUACACGAUAGGGUACAUUACAAAUGAGCUUGGAGACAAAGCUGUCUUAGUCGAUGCUAUGGAAUAUUCUGUCGAGGUAUGGCUAUGGCUCAUGAUGGUGAUACUCUUUGGACAUGGUUUGCGCUUCAUAUGGAAGAUUAUGGGUCAUGAUAGAAGGGCAAAUAUUAAAAAAACUUUGAAAACUGAUAAGUGGAGUCAGUAUUGUUGA